UACAUCACGCGCGAGGCGCCCACGUUUAUAGCAUACUGACGUAGCCCAGCAGCGCGUGAGGAGGGGCCAGGGUGGCCCGUCGGUACGAGCGCAGACAGCACGGAACAGCUGCAGAGAAGCUCGCGUUCAUUGAAUUACACCGCAUAGCUCAUUUUAUCACAAUUUCUCCCGAAAAACAAAUAAUAUCGUACAAACCUUAACCAUCCAACAUGGUCGACCGCGAGCAGCUGGUGCAGAAAGCCAGGCUGGCCGAGCAGGCAGAGAGAUACGACGAUAUGGCUGCAGCCAUGAAGUCGGUCACCGAGCUGAACGAGGCCUUAUCCAACGAAGAGAGAAAUCUUUUGUCCGUGGCCUACAAGAACGUGGUAGGCGCUCGCCGAUCCUCUUGGAGAGUCAUCUCCAGCAUCGAGCAGAAGACCUCGGCGGACGGCAACGAGAAGAAAAUCGAGAUGGUGAGGGCCUACCGUGAGAAGAUCGAGAAGGAGCUGGAGGCGGUGUGCCAGGACGUGCUCAACCUGUUGGACAACUUCCUGAUCAAGAACUGCAGCGAAACCCAGCACGAGAGCAAGGUCUUCUACCUGAAGAUGAAGGGUGACUAUUACCGCUACCUGGCCGAGGUGGCCACGGGCGAGAAACGCUCCACCGUGGUGGAGUCUUCGGAAAAGGCCUACAACGAGGCUCACGAGAUCAGCAAGGAGCACAUGCAGCCCACUCAUCCCAUCCGACUGGGAUUGGCCCUCAACUACUCCGUGUUCUACUACGAGAUCCAGAACGCCCCGGAGCAAGCCUGUCAUCUCGCCAAGACCGCCUUCGACGACGCCAUCGCCGAGCUCGACACCCUCAAUGAGGAUUCCUACAAAGACUCAACCCUCAUCAUGCAACUCCUCCGAGACAACUUAACACUGUGGACGAGUGACCAGCAGGACGACGACGGCGGGGAGGGCAAUAAUUAAAAGCAGACCUCCUCUCUAUCUAGAAACACAAAAUGGCUGGUGGACUUUGGCAGCGGCUUUUGCCAUGGUUUCCUCUGCGGCAGCAGUUCUUUAUUUUUCCACGAGUUUAAAGAAAAAAUAUCAAGGGCGGUUAAAAGGGGGGGCUGAAGUCCUAGUUUGAAUAUAUACAGAAAUAUAUAUAGUUGAAUGGGCCUCCCUCUUCUUGGUUAUCUUUGACAUUUGCCAAAAGCACUGAAAUGUCAGUCAAUCAGCCGGAAUUGGUCGUUGUUGGUUUGGAAUGGCAGCCUCACACUGGCAUAUGGACUGAUGUAUUUCAAAGCGAUGCUGCUUAUUUUAUGUUUUGGAAAAGCAUUUCAAAAAGAGGGUUAGGUGCAUUAUUAAAGAGCGUUGGAAAGAGAAUAUCGUUUCGAACGGUUCCAGUAUUAGUCACGAAUAAUCGGCCCCGCACUUUGGACGUUUCACACUAAUGCUUAUGCUCACUCACAGUCAAUUAGCUAUUAUGUGAAAGUGCGGUUAAUGAAUUAAUAAGUCAUUUUGAAUGCAUCUAAUAGAUAAAGUUCAACCAUAUAAACGUACUCCGCUAAUAAUACUGGAACCAUUCGCUUUUUUGAAGAACAAAAAGCAGAGAUCGAAAAAAAUAAAAUAAAGAGAAAAUAUUGCAGCUUCAAAGUUUGUGGUUUACUUCUGUGUUUAAUUUAUUUUUGCACUUGCCAAGUAUACUGUUUUGUCAGUGUAAGAUAAUUACAAUGAUACUAUCAAUGAUUCAAUAUUGUGCAUGCUGGUGAUGUAUUUAUACAAUAGCUUGACUUUAUUAACUUAUAUCUUGGAUGUUAUGUAUUACUAUCAUUGAAAAGUAAACUGGCUUCAUAUUGUUUAUUUAUAAUUUAUCAGUUUUUGUUUUGAUUUGCUAUUCCCCAAAAAAAAUCGUGAUUGUUAACAAUAAAUCGAUCUGUUAUGGGCGUU